CCCUCAUUUUUCCUCUCCCCGGCUCCAGCAGCCGCCGCGCGCUGCUUCCUACGGCCCUCUCCCCUCCAUUGCCGCCGCCGCUACCCUCCGCCGAGCUCUACGGCAGCCAGCUGCCCCUUCUCUCCCCCUCCCGCCCCCGGCCUCCCCUUCACCGCCUGGCGCCGGCAUCACCGCCGCGGCAAUCCGCACUGCGCAGCGCGUGCCUGCUGGGAGUUCACGGUUCCGUUUCCCUUCUCUCUCGGUCUCUCCUCUCUCUUGGUCGUCCUACUUCCUUUCCUGGCGGCGAAGACUGGGUGAGCGGCUGUGCAAUUCGGUCUUCGUCGGGCCCUUUGCCGGCGACGAGCACACAUCAGGUUAUUGUGCUAAGAUAUCCCCUUUCUGCGGAGUUUAACCACGCUGAUGGGUUCUGGAUACCGAAACCCCGUGACUUGUGUUCCCAAUGGAUAUGCUGUUGAACAGUGACACCCCUAUGUUUCUUGCUGGAGUAACCUUGAAUAGAGGGAGUACAUGAUAAGGCACUGCAACUUUAUGGGAAUCUGAUGUGCAUUGAAUUUUAGGGAAGUGCAUACCAAGUAAAGCUAACAACCUGAAGUGAAGCAGGUAAUUGCUCCUAGAAUAGCUGGUGCCUAUUCGACUUGGGUCUGGAACUCCAAUUGUGAGUGCAACUAUACAAGUUAGAAGUUACAAGGGUAAAUAAGAGGUGGAGCUGUUGCCCCCUUUAUUUUUGGUGACUUGGUUCUAUCUGAAGGUAUGUGACCCGAGAUUUCAGAUUAGAUAUGAAUGGUUGGGCCUCUAAUGAGCUGAUCAAUAGGGGGAUGAGAUCUGAGGGUUGGGCCUGUGAUAUCUUAACUUAAUCUUGGUUUGUUCAGACGAUUUGGGAUGUACACCAAGUGAGAUGUCAGGACUAGAUGUUAGGACCCGGUGUGACUGGGUAAAGUCUGUGAUGGUGCUGGUCUAGGAGAUAGAUGUUUCCGUUAGGGCUGCAUGGGGUUUUUUAUGCUGCAGAAUUUUGUGAGGUCGGUUUCUUGUGCUUCUUUGCUGCUGGUUUAUCAUCAUGUGACCACUGACUACCUUCUUGCAUUCUGCUCUCUAAGUGAAUAAGUAGCAACAGUAGUUCUAAUUCCUAUCUCUAGGAACAUUGUGAUCUCAUGAAGUUGUUACUUUCCACUUUUUGGUAUGUAUGUGUCAUAGUGUCGUAUGUGUGCUUAGAAUUCAGGGUGCAUAUUUUGAAUGCUGGAUUUAUGAGAUGUUUUACUGCCAUGAAAUAUGAAUAAUAAGUUUCUAGAAAAUGUGCUAAAGCAAUCUGUGAGUUAUAGUUGGAUACUCUUGAAUUUCAUUAGUUCUCCACUAACUCUUUUCCUUUUGCAAAUUUAGUGUGUGGACAGAGGUCUUACAGUCGUCAUAUGAAGUUAUCCCUUUGAUAUACAGCUGAAGGAUAAUAACUAUCAUGGAUACUACUGCAAAUUCAGAUGUGCAAAAGGCUGAGGAACUGAAACUUAAGGCAAAUGAGGCCUUCAAGGCAAACAAGUUCUCGCAGGCUAUAGAACUAUACAGCCAAGCGAUUGAGCUGAACAGUUCGAAUGCAGUUUACUGGGCAAACCGUGCAUUUGCACAUACAAAAUUAGAAGAAUAUGGAAGUGCAGUGCAGGAUGCUACAAACGCCAUUGAAAUUGAUCCUAGAUAUUCAAAAGGUUAUUAUAGACGUGGUGCAGCAUAUCUUGCCAUGGGAAAGUUCAAGGAAGCCCUCAAGGAUUUUCAACAGGUGAAAAAAAUCUGUCCGAAUGAUCCAGAUGCUUCAAGAAAGUUGAAAGAAUGUGAGAAAGCUGUCCAAAAAAUUCGUUUUGAAGAAGCGAUUUCCGUUGGAGAUGCAGAGAGGCGCUCUGUGGCAGAUUCUAUCGACUACCAUGUCAUAGAAGUCGAGCCACAGUAUGCAGGACCGAGAAUUGAUGGUGAAGAAAUAACAUUAGAUUUUGUCAAAGCAAUGUUGGAUGAAUUUAAGAAGCAGAAAUGCAUACAUAAAAGAUAUGCAUAUCAGAUUGUGUUAAAAACCUUGGAGUUGUUGCGUUCGAUGCCUUCACUUGUUGAUGUGGAUGUUCCAAAUGGUGGGCAUUUUACAGUUUGUGGUGAUGUGCAUGGCCAGUACUUCGAUUUGCUCAACAUAUUUGCACUCAAUGGGCUCCCCUCAGAAGAAAAUCCUUACCUCUUCAAUGGCGAUUUUGUGGAUAGAGGAUCUUUCUCCGUUGAAGUUAUACUCACCCUUUUUGCUUUCAAGUGCCUCUAUCCGAAAGCUAUGUACCUUGCAAGAGGAAAUCAUGAAAGCAAGAGUAUGAACAAGAUAUAUGGCUUUGAGGGUGAAGUGAGAUCAAAGCUGGGCGAAAAAUUUGUUGAACUAUUUGCUGAAGUCUUUUGCUGGUUACCUCUUGCUCAUGUCAUCAACAAGAAGGUCUUUGUAGUCCAUGGAGGACUCUUCAGUGUUGAUGGGGUGAAGCUUUCAGACAUUAGGUCCAUUGAUCGUUUCUGUGAACCUCCUGAAGAAGGUCUAAUGUGUGAACUACUAUGGAGUGAUCCCCAGCCUCAGCUUGGAAGAGGUCCAAGCAAACGUGGUGUUGCUCUUUCCUUUGGCGCAGAUGUGACUAAGAAGUUUUUACAGGAAAAUAACCUUGAUCUUAUCGUCCGAUCCCAUGAAGUAAAGGAUGAAGGCUAUGAAAUUGAACAUGAUGGAAAGCUUAUAACAGUCUUCUCUGCACCUAAUUAUUGUGACCAGAUGGGCAACAAGGGUGCAUUUAUUCGGUUCACAGCUCCGGAAAUGAAACCUGAUAUCGUUACUUUCUCAGCUGUGCCACACCCUGAUGUGAAGCCGAUGGCUUAUGCAAAUAACUUCCUCAGGAUGUUCCAAUGACAGAAGAUAACAACCUUGUUUGUCAAUUUUUAUUGUGGCGAGUUCAUCACGUCCAGUCCAUCGAUUGCUAGGUUUGCUGAACAUGUGCUGCCUUGCACAAUAGAUGAAGUGAUGUAAGAAGGGAUGCGGCUGUUCAUGCGCAACAAUGGUACAUCUUUUUUUUUGUCAAACUCUUGUAAGAACUAGUAAACAUUCUUGAUCACUAGUAGAUCCUAGUUUACUUGUAAAAUUGCUAAAUCAUUAUUUUCUAUCUCUUCAUGUAUUGGCUAAGUUUCUCACCACAUGUUUACACUUUGUUGCACGAAAUUAUUGCUGCCAUAGUUUGGUUUGAUAACUGAAUGGGUAAUAAUUAAUGAAGUAUGCGACCAA